AUGAAUAAAGUAUCACCACAUUUAGUAGAUUUGCUAGUAAAUUUGACUUAAAAUUCAUUUUUUUUGUCAAUAUAUGACAAAAUGCUUAAGUCUUGCUUCUUAAAUUUACUUGAAGAAGAAAAUAAUUUGAAAGUAAUUAAUCAAUUGCAAAGUGCAGCUUAAUCAGAUGAAGAAAGAGAUACUGUUAACGAAACAUUUAAUGUUUUAAUAUUAACAAUAGCGGAAUUUAAUAGAAAGAAUUUAGUUGAAUUAGAAAUUGAGAUAGUACUUAAAGAAGUAGGAUUUUCAGAUGACAUGAUUUCUAAAUUCUAACAAAGAUAUUCUUAAUUCAUUGAAUUUAUAUCCGAUAAAGAUAACGAAAGAAGCAAUUUCUUUGACUCUAGCAUCAAUUUCAAUAAAUUAGUUGACGUUGAUUGGAAAUAAGAAUAUGUAUUAUCCACUAAAUAUAUUAAGCACUUAAAUAAAGAUAAUUACCACAUUUCCCUCUCAACUUUAAAUUCUGAAAAUUAAAUCAGUCCUAUUAAUUUUAAAUGCUCUAUUGAACAACUUACUGAAUUAGUACAUAAACUUUCUUCUGCUGUAAGAAAUAUAGAAUAAGCUACUGAUUUAAAACAUUUCAAAGCUUAAGAAUGA